AUGGCGAGUGUGCCAGGUGGAGAGACAAGUAAAACUGAGUCCAUGUCAGUGACAGAGGGGGAUGCUGUCACUCUAUAUUCUGAUCUUUCGGAAAUACUGAAUGAUGAUACAAUAAUGUGGAUGUUUGGACCUAAAGACACUUUCAUAUACCAAAUCCGAAGAAAGGAUGACUUGACCUCAUUUAUGGUCACCGAUGAUGAGCGAUUCAGAGGCAGAUUGCAGGUGGAUCAAAAGACUGGCUCUCUCACCAUCAGAAACACCAGAAAGAGACACUCAGAACAAUAUAAACUAACAAGCUCUAGAGAAAUAAUUACAAUAAAGAUAUUUAAUGUUACUGUCUUAGCUGUGGUUGGUAAGACGGAUGGAGUCAAGUCAGUGUCAUUGUCAGUGAUGAAGGGGGAUCCCGUCACUCUACGUGCUGAUUCUGAAAUACACCAAGAUGCUCUGAUGCUCUGGAGGUUUGGAGAUAAAGGCAUUCUUCUAGCUAAAAUUGACAUUGAGACCAAUGAGAGCUUAUUAAAUGAUGCUGAUGAGGGAUUCAAAGAUCGGCUGCAGCUGAAUGAUCGGACUGGAUCUUUGACCAUCAAGAACACCAGAACCACAGACUCUGGACUUUAUGAACUACAGAUCAAAGGCAGUGAGAGCUUACACAGAUUCCUGGUUUCUGUCAGAGGUGAGUAA